CUUGACAAGCGCAGCUCAGAAAUUCAGCACCACAGAUAGUAGACAGUGUAUAUCGGACACAGCUAAUUGCAAAUUUAAUUGUAAUAUUUUAAACAUCUUCAGUAUAUUUCUUCCCUUUUUAGUAUAACCAAAGUAAUCCCUCAGAAGAAAACUUCGCUGGAUAAAGGUUUUCUCCAUUUUCGCGUUGCUUCAUUCUGAUUUAAAGUGCUCUUUGGGAGUAUGACUGGAUGCGCCAGGCAACGAGAUCGGAUCGUAGAUAGGCGUUAGGAGUGGUGUGGAGCUGCUGGAGAGCCCCUCCAUUCAGAAGGAUGCUGGUGGGAAAUGCCUGGAGACAGAGAGGACGAGAUUUGUCGAAAUGCUCUGGAACUGCUCUCGGAUCUCUGUUCUAGGGGCGAAGUGCAAAAUGACAACUGUGUUAAUUUCAUAUACUAUUUUCGAGAUCUUGCCCGUCCGAGAUACUCAGACUCAGAUGUGUCGGUCAGCCUGCUGUCGCUGGUGGUGAUGACAUGCGGUUUGGCCCUUUUUGGGGUCUCCCUCUUCGUGUCAUGGAAGCUGUGCUGGUUGCCGUGGCGAGACCGCGGCCUCCCCGACAGUCUGAAGGACGGCCAGGGGGACCAGCAGCCCGUUCUGACGGAGGUGGACGGGGUGGAGAAUGAGUGCAGCGAGGACUGUGUCAAGGAGUCCUCAGGACCGUCGGUCCAGGAGUCAGCCAUGAAGAUCAGCCACACGUCCCCGGACAUACCCCUGGAGGCCCAGUCCAAGGUCAAGGACAACCACAUACGCCACAUCACCCGCGUGCAGCGUCAGAUCACCGAGCCCACCUCCUCUGUCCGGCAUAACUCCAUCCGCCGCCAGCUGAACCUGUCCAACCCAGACUUCAACUUGAGCCAGUUCCAGAGGCAGGAGUCUGUGGCCACGCUGGGGCGGAUCAAACCUGAGCUGUACAAGCAGCGCUCAGUGGACGCGGACGAGGGCCGGAGGGCACGCAGCUGUGGCCGGAUACACUUUGUCCUCAAGUUCGACUGUGACCUGGAGCAGCUCAUCGUCAAGAUCCACAAGGCACAGGACUUACCGGCCAAGGACUUUACUGGGACCUCUGAUCCUUAUGUAAAGAUCUACCUGCUCCCUGACCGCAAGACCAAGCACCAAACCAAGGUGCAUCGCAAGACUCUAAACCCUGUGUUCGACGAGGUCUUCCUUUUCCCAGUGGCCUAUGCUGAGCUGCCAAUGCGCAAACUACACUUUAGCGUCUACGACUUUGACCGCUUCUCCCGUCAUGACAUCAUUGGCCAGGUGGUGGUGGAUAACUUUCUGGACCUACCGGACUUCCCCAGAGAGACUAAACUUUGUAGGGAUAUCCAAUACGUUACCUCGGACAAUGUGGACUUGGGCGAUCUCAUGUUCUCCCUGUGUUACCUACCAACGGCUGGGAGGCUGACCAUCACCAUGAUCAAGGCGAGGAACCUCAAAGCCAUGGACAUCACUGGAGCUUCGGAUCCCUAUGUGAAGGUGUCUUUAAUGUGUGAGGGCCGGAGACUGAAGAAGAGGAAAACGUCCACCAAGCGAAACACACUGAAUCCAAUCUACAACGAAGCCAUAGUGUUUGAUGUUCCUCCAGAGAACAUCGAUCAGAUCAGCCUCCUUAUAGCAGUGAUGGACUAUGAUCGUGUAGGUCACAAUGAGGUCAUUGGAGUAUGUAGGGUGGGCAACGAAGCAGAGAGCCUGGGCCGAGACCACUGGAACGAAAUGUUGUCCUACCCCCGGAAGCCCAUCGCCCACUGGCAUCCCCUGGUCGAGUGGGUGUGCCAGGGGACUGCGGGUGGGAGCCAAGGCGGUUCCACCAACUCUCUGAAGACUCCUCCCACACCAUGAGGAGACCCCAAAGGGCGGCGAAGGAGAGGAGAAGUAGAGAGCCUCCGCGUCGGGAGAGGAGUAAAGCACAGUAUGCUAGUGAUAAUAGAUAUUACACCUGGUUUCCUACCACGCUGAUUAAACUUUGUGCUGGACUAAAACGCACGGUCAAUAAAGAACCUCCAGUUUGAAAGAGCUUUUGAGUCCAGGACCAGGGUGAAAUCAUGUCCAGGAAACCAGUCAAAUGUGCUCUCUCCUCAGGGAACGUACACAUAUUCAGCUGCAUGUCCAGUGGCCAUUCAUUAGUACUAUUUGUUUAAAACAAUAUGGACAUCUUAAAAGUGUUGCUGUUCAGUUGGGAUGUAAUUGUAUAGUCUUGUUUAUGUCUCGUUUUAUCACACAUUGUUACAAUUAAUUGAUAUUUCUUCAUGGAGUACAGUGCAUGGGGUUCUUUUUUGUGUAAAUGGUUAUUUCUUAUGCUCUUUGGUUGAUUACUUUGUGAGAUAUUAACAUACUGUAAACACACAAUGUACCAUGAAACUAAGACUUAGUAUGUAAAUUGUUC